UUUGUGGUUGGUUUUGUACUUUUGUUCACUUUAGUUUGGAAGUAAAUUUGGUAAGUCCGUUUCUUUUGAUCUUUCUUUAAAAAUUUUACUUUUAAUUCCAUCAUCUUUUGUGGUUCGUAUUCCCUACUUUCACGAGUAAAGUUUCUUCAGAUAUAUUUUACUCUGUAAAGGUCAUUAUGUGGUUUUCAUUUUUUGCAGUACUUGAUAUAAAAAAUGAUGAGUAAGUCCUAUGAUAUAAAACGCUCGACCCCAGCCCAAGUGAAGUGACCAUAAUAAUAUGAUGUUUUAGUUAACAAAAAAAAAAUGGUUGAUCAUCCAUUAAAUGACAAAGUUAUAUCACGAAUUUGUAUAGUUUUAUCAGUUGCGAAACUAGGUGCAACUACGAUACUUAAUCUUUCAUUUAAUGGAUAAAUAAACAAUUCAUGCUUGAGUGCCUUGAUUAUAUUAGAGAUAUCCACCAUCAAUUGUCAUUAAGAAGUAAUUACUCAUGCUUCCUAAAAAAUCACCCUUAAAUACAUUCCACAUUCACCAACAAGAACAUCUUCAAACAUACACAAACACAUUAGAAGAAUCAUAUCAAUUCUCUCAUAAACAGUUCUUUUACACGCACUAUACAUCAAUGGAUUCCAAACCAACCGGUUUAACGAUUGUGAUAUUUAUGAUCCUCCUAUCCAUCCAAAUCUUUUGCCCAGCUGGUGUUGCAGGGGACAUCACCGGAGUUUGUUACGGCCGGAACGGCAACAAUCUCCCAACGCCGGCAGAUACAGUAGCUUUAUACAAAACCAACAACAUCGACGCAAUCCGUAUGUACGAGCCCUUCGCCGACAUGCUCGAAGCUCUCCGUGGCUCAGGUCUCUCCGUCGCGUUUGGUCCACGAAACGAAGAAAUCCAAUCCCUAGCCCAAGAUCCAGCCGCCGCAACAAAUUUCGUCGCCACCUGGAUCACACCUUACCAAAACGACGUCGCAAUCAAAUGGAUCACAAUCGGUAACGAAGUCUUCCCCGGAGAAAUCGCUCCAUUCGUCGCCGCCGCGAUCAGAAACGUCAACGCCGCGCUAACGAAUUCCGGCGUCACAGGAAUAGCCGUCACAACGGUUUUAGCUAUGAACGCGUUGACCAAUUCAUAUCCACCUUCAGCUGCAACAUUCCUCCCAGAUCUAACCGAGAUCAUGACGGAGAUUUCAUCGAUACUCUCUCAGACGAAUUCGCCUCUCAUGACCAAUAUCUACCCGUACUUCGCAUACGCGUCAGAUCCUUAUCACAUCUCACUCGAUUACGCUAGUUUCAAAUCCGAUACGCCGGUAGUGAUCGACGGUGAUUUGAAGUACACCAACAUGUUCGAGGCGAUGGUGGACGGAUUCAAUGCGGCGUUGGAGAAGAUCAACGCCGGAAAUGUGGUGGUGAUGGUGGCGGAGUCUGGAUGGCCGACGGAGGGAAAUCCACCGUAUACGAGUGUUGAUAACGCCAAGGCCUACAAUUUGGGGAUUAGGACAUGUGGGGGAUCUCAACGGAAGCGGACGCCUCGCCGGCCGGAGACGCCGGUGGACGUGUUUCUAUUCGCGAUGUUCAGAGAGAAUCAGAAGGAUGGUCCGGUGGAGCAGAGCUUCGGAAUCUUUGCACCUGAUAUGACUCCAGUCUACGAUCUCUUUUGUUAUUAGAGUUGAUUAAUUUUCCCGCUUAAAUUAUUUAAAAAAUACUUUAGUGCAUUUACUUAAAGUGUUAAUUUUUAAGGUACAAAAAUAGAUACAUGCAAUAAUUAAAUUUA